CGGGGGGGUCGGCUCGGCACUUGAUGGUUCGCGCCACGGCCACGAGCCACGCGGGCCCGCCGUCAGUCGCGCAUCCGGCGAACUCCGACCCGAUGGCCGCCGACAACGCAGCCGACGGAGAGCCCGCCGAGGGCUCGCCCCCCGCCUCCGGCGCCGAGGUUCGCGCCCUCCUCCGCCCCUCGUCGUUCGUCUCCGCCAUCUCCGACGAUGACGAGGGCUUCGAGGAGCGCGCGUUCGAGCCGGCCGAGAAGGUCGUCGUCUCCGUCUCCGGCGACCCCGACGAGGAGCGCCUCUUCUACGCCUCGGGGGGCCGCGCGCCGCCCUUCUCCUGGCGCAAGCUCUGGCUCUUCACGGGCCCCGGGUACCUGAUGAGCAUCGCCUUCGUGGACCCCGGGAACAUCGAGGGCGACCUCCAGGCCGGCGCCACGGCCGGCGGCUCCCUGCUCUGGCUGCUCCUCUGGUCCACGGCCAUGGGGCUGCUCGUGCAGCUGCUCGCCGCGCGCCUCGGGGUGGCCACGGGGAGGCACCUCGCCGAGCUCUGCCGCGACGAGUACCCGGACUGGGCGCGCCGCGCGCUCUGGCUCAUGGCCGAGGUCGCCCUCAUCAGCGCCGACAUCCAGGAGGUCAUCGGGAGCGCCAUUGCCAUCAAGAUCCUCAGCCACGGCUUGUUGCCGAUUUGGGCCGGCGUUGUCAUCACCGCAUUGGAUUGCUUUAUUUUUCUUUCCCUCGAGAACUAUGGGGUGAGAAAGUUGGAAGCUUUGUUUGCAGUUUUAGUUACAACAAUGGCGUGCUCCUUUGCAUGGAUGUUUAUAGAAACCAAGCCCAGAGGGAAAGACCUAAUCAUUGGCAUUCUGGUCCCAAAGCUGAACUCAAGAACAAUAAAACAAGCUGUUGGUCUUGUUGGAAGUGUUAUCACACCCCAUAAUGUGUUCCUUCAUUCUGCUCUUGUGCAAUCAAGAAAAAUUGACCCGGAAAAUGAAUAUGAAGUCCGUGAAGCGUUGAGGUACUAUUCCAUUGAAUCCACCAUGGCAUUGGUAGUGCCCUUCAUGAUAAAUUUAUUUGUCACAACAGUUUUUGCAAAAGGGUUUUAUGGUACCAAAGAAGCAGAUAAUAUUGGUCUUGAGAAUGCUGGGAAAUAUUUACAUGAGAAGUUUGGGGGUGAUUUUUUCCCUGUCCUCUAUAUUUGGGGUGUCGGGCUAUUAGCUGCUGGAACAAGUAGUACCAUAACUGGAACUUAUGCUGGACAGUUUAUAAUGGGUGGGCUUCUGAAUUGGCGGGUGAAAAAAUGGAUCCGGGCAUUGAUCACUAGAAGCUUUGCGAUCGUGCCAACUAUAAUUGUUGCUCUAUACUUCAACACAUCUGAUUCUGCACUGGAUGUUCUCAAUGAAUGGCUCAAUGUGCUCCAAUCAAUCCAAAUCCCAUUCUCACUGAUCCCACUGGUAACAUUGGUUUCUAAGGAGGAAGUCAUGGGACCUUUCAAGAUCGGUCCAAGAACAAAAAUUGCUUCCUGGACAGCUGCAUCCGUACCAAUCGUAAUAAAUAGCUACAUGUUGUUCGAUUUCUUCUCUUCAGAAACGGAAGGCCUGUUGUCCAGUUCAGCUCUUUGCGCGGCCGUGAUUGCUUAUGCUAUGUUCAUAAUAUAUCUCAUUUUCCGAGGCACGUAGUUUUCUAACCGUUUUGUGAUAGGGAUACACAAGAACAACUUCAUAUGACAAAGAAAAGGAUAAACCAUUUUGCUCUAUGAUGACAGCUUACUAACAUUUAGGAAACUCAGAUAUUGGAGUGCACAUUGUACAGAGGGUAGGAAGGAGAAGGUUCAAUCGUUGACUAGAGCUGUGCCAGUGACUUUCGUUGUGUUCGCUUGGCUGUGGCUGGUGCUGAUUUGUUAUGAGAGAACUGUACUGCUGACUGGCUGGUAGCUGGUGGCUGAUGCUGAUUUAGUAUGAGAGAACAGUACUGCUGACUGGUUGGCUGACAAGCCAAACGACAGAGCGUUUGUUGUCUCUUCUAUGCAUUGAACUCUGGCUGCAACUGGAAGCAGACAAUAGAGAGAACUGUAUGUCCAGCAAUUUCUCGUUUCAUGGCAUGUGGAUGGCAGAUAGGGUGAGAGACACAGAGAAAUUGGAGUUAAACAAGGCACUAGAUAUCAGAAAAGUAGGGUGAUGUAUCGUGUAAUAUAUUCGGGCGUAUGAGGUCAAUGUUGUCAUGUAAUUAGAGUAGUAGCAGCUCUCAUCAGGUUGUACCAAAGCUCUGAUAAACUUUUGCAGACUCCAAAUGACAAAGGAUUAAUUCAUUCUAGUGGUCUUUA